AACCCAAUAGCCAAACCCUAUAGCUUCAACUGCAAAUAUAUCACAUGAACUUCAGGAACAAAAUCCUGAUCUGCAUUUAGGGUUUACGCUUCACUGAGUACAUACUUCAUUUACAAGCCCUCAGAUCUCUAACUCUCUCUUUUUUCGGCGUGUAAACCCAAAAUGGCGACUCAGAUGAGCAAGAAGCGCAAGUUUGUUGCUGAUGGAGUGUUCUUUGCGGAACUGAACGAGGUGCUGACACGUGAGCUGGCAGAGGAUGGAUACUCUGGUGUGGAAGUUAGGGUAACUCCUAUGAGGACUGAGAUCAUCAUACGCGCAACUCGCACUCAGAAUGUUCUCGGUGAGAAAGGUAGGAGGAUUCGGGAGUUGACUUCGGUGGUACAGAAGAGGUUCAAAUUUCCAGAGAACAGUGUGGAGUUGUAUGCUGAGAAAGUUAACAACAGGGGGCUUUGUGCCAUUGCUCAGGCCGAGUCUCUCAGAUACAAGCUUCUCGGGGGCCUGGCUGUCAGGAGGGCCUGCUAUGGUGUUUUGAGAUAUAUUAUCGAGAAUGGAGCUAAGGGUUGCGAGGUCAUUGUUAGUGGAAAGUUGAGGGCUCAACGUGCCAAAUCAAUGAAGUUCAAAGAUGGCUAUAUGAUAUCUUCUGGUCAGCCGGUGAAAGAGUACAUUGACUCUGCUGUCAGACAUGUUCUCCUUAGACAGGGAGUACUUGGAAUUAAAGUGAAGAUCAUGCUUGAUUGGGACCCCAAGGGAAAGCAGGGUCCAAUGACUCCUCUUCCAGAUCAAGUCACAAUUCAUCCUCCAAAGGAAGAAGAGUACAUUAGGCCAUCUACUGCACCGGUGGCAACGGAAAUUGAAGUGGCUGCAGGAGGAAUGUAGAUCAUCUAUUUGAAAUGUUCUUUUAGAUCAAUAUUUAUUUUACAUUUCUGGAUUCCUUUUGGCUGAUCGUUUUGAGAGAUGAGUUCAGUAGAAACAUGCGCUCGGGCACUUUAGCAAGUUUUGUUCGGCUUUGACUAUGGAAUUUAAUUAAAAUUUAAAAUUCAAGCCCAA